AUGGGCUGUACUGAGACUCGAGAACAAAAAACCGCGGAAUCAAAAUAUAUCCAAACUGAAGAAGAUUCAACAAAUCCUUCUGCAUUUUCAUCAUUUGCUUCAACUCCUGACAACUCCAGGGACACUCAAUCAACUGCUGAUAUUCAAACUUCUUCAAGCCUUUUCGAAGAAGAACUUAUCACUCUGAAGUUAGAAAAAAAGUCUCUUGAAGACUGCAUUUUAGGGUUAACUGAGAAAUCUAAGCUUUACGAAGCUAAAUGCCAAGCUAUGGAACAAUCUUUCUUGCUCUUAGCUCAAGAAGUGGAAAAAUUAAAAGCCUUACAAGUUUUAUCAGAAAAAGAAAACAAAAUCCAAAAAGAAAAAAUAUUUGAAUUAAAUGAAACAAUGAAGAAUCGGACAGAUGAGUAUAAUGAGCUAUUGACAAAUGCUUAUAAUAGCUCUGAAAAUGAUAAAAAAAUUAUAGAAGGAUUGAAGAAAAAAAACCAAGAACUUGAAAAAAACAGCAAGGUAUCAAACUGAACAAUGACAAAAAGUUUGCAAAAUGAAAUAGAGCAAUCAAAUAGGCCAGAAAAACCUAGAUAUUGCAGAGGAAUUAAGGCAGGAAGCUACUCAGUUGGAAGUAAAGAAGAGUUCGGAAACUGAAAAAAUGGGAAAUGGAUAGAAGAAACUUCUAAUCAUACGAACGGAAACAUUUAA